AUGCUUUACCGGUAUCACCGGGAUUGCAACAGUGAUAUCUACAUUUCCAUUUCAGAGCAUGCAAUAAACCAAUCCGAUAAGAGAAGAUGGCAACCAUCAAUCCAAAUUUUUGAGCACCGACUUGUGAAGGAUACAAGUAAAUGCUUUCCUCCAUCAAAAGAGGAACUGGAGAAAUGCUGUCCGCGCCCCGUUCAAAUAACCUUGGAGAACUUCUCCAAAUCCAAAUCUGCAAAGGCUUUAAAGCAGGAUAGAUCGAUUCCGCUGAGUUUUUCGACCAUCCCUCAUUCCACUAAGAAAAUGGAUAUAUUUGUACCGAGGCCGUCUCUAGGCGAAGUAGGCUUGGUACGGAAGAUGAUCAGGAGAAAAGAAAGACGAGGAAAUGGCCAACUAGUAGCGCGGAUGCAGGGUAAUGGCGGGUGGAUAGGCAGUGGUUAA